UUAUGUGGAGUUUUGUUCAAUAUUAGCCGCAUAAGAACUCGCAGAGAGCCACGGGAAGCAGCUUGGCUAUCUCUGUCAGCCGAGUACGGUACCACAUGGGUUGGAAGCAAUGCCAGAGACCAUAAGCCUUGUGGUGACGACUGCUCAGUUCUUUAUCGCGGACCUGGAGUACAAAGACCGGCGGGAGAAAGAUCGGAUUCAGAACUUCAUGCCAUCGAUAGCCCGACAAAGGCUAAACUGCGUUCUGGCCUCACAGGUGAACCGAGCAGUGAUACCUCAGAGUACGACCCUGAUUAUGGCCCUGAAUUGAGUGAAGACAGCAGCAAGAGAUUCAAGAGCUCAGAAACCAACGUGUAUGCACUGGGUUCUCCAAUGGGGCCAAUUACUGAGGAUCUGGACAUCUACUUUAAGCCAAUCUCUAUCAUUGAAGACUUGGACGACGGGGAAAUCGGACUCAAGGCUCUGAAUGACCUUCGAUAUGACUACGAGCAUAUUGCCGGCCCCAAUUGCGAGUACUUGGAUGGUUACAACGGCAAUCACAUAUCAGUUGGUGAGAUGAGAGAGUGUUCAACUGUGCAGUGUCUUGUGCGCAAGACCGACGGCUGGGAGCCUCUUGACGAUGACCAAGAUUUUGAGCAAUAUUCGCCUUGCUGCCUCACUGGCCUGGCACGAGGGCUGGACCCAAUUUGGAGCAACCGUUUCUCUCCCGUGCGUCAUGGAUCCAGCGAGUGGGUGACGGCAGCAAAUGAUUGUGACUAUACACUCAGGUCUGAGGAAGUGGCUAUCUGGGUUGGCCUCCCAUUCCAUCCGGCUUGUUUCGAAUUGUUUAGAAGGGCUAGUAUCAAAGCCCUCGGCCGCGUUGCCACGAAAGAAUUGAUGAACCUCCGUGAUUACUACUGCAAAUAUACGGAAAGAACCGCGGAACCAUUUUGCCGGCGUAACGACGACGUUGUUGAUUCAUUUCAGGAAGGUGAUUGGCGAUACAAUCGAGGUACCGAGUAUCUCGUUGCCAAUCCAAUCUUCAUUCCCACGUUCAAACGGGUAUGUGAUACAGCACGCACAGUUCCUGAAGACUUCAGCAUACAAGGAAGUCCAUUUAUUGGCCAUGACGAUCUGGCUAAGCGUUCAAAUGAGGAUCCUUUCCUGAGGUUGCCUUCCGAGAUACUGCAAACAAUUGUUGGCUACCUCGGGUCCAAGGACAUUGCGCUUCUGCGCGUGUCGUCGCGAGGAUUCCGUCAUUUACCUAUCUCAGUAUGGUAUCGGCUUCUAGUGGAGGAGCUCCCUUUUAUCUAUGAAGCAUGGAGUGACGAUGUCCAUCCAUACAAAUGGGCACUCAUUGAUUCUGGCCGGUUUCAAGCGCUGACAAAACGUGGUGAGGAAUACGAGAAGAUACGGGAAAAGACAAUCGAAACGCUACAAACCAGCGAAACAGAUGAUUUAGAAACGUGGAUGAAGAAUUCCCCUGCGGCGAAACCUUGGCACGACACGGAAGAGUACAAGAUGGGAAUGGCGUCGUGUAUGGAGGAAAACAAGGCGUUGCAGCCCGUGUCUCUACCAUACGAUAAGACAAACUGGUAUAAACUGUAUCUCGAAAUUGUCAAGAAUUGGAAGGACCUCAAAGGGUUGCAGAAUCGCAAACGUAUUUGGAAGGAUAUCACAGAGAUAAUAUCCCGCAUGAUGGAACAUGCUGAGGCAAUGACCGACGAAGAAGGGCAAGCAGCCAUAUAG